ACGUCCAUCGUCCCACCAUGCAGCGUGAAUCUCCGAAAAAGAAGCCGGAGAAGAAGGCGGAGAAACGGAUUUUUGACGCCGGGUCCUUUGGGAAGGACUUGCUCGCAGGUGGGGUGGCAGCGGCUGUGUCCAAGACGGCAGUGGCGCCCAUCGAGCGGGUGAAGUUGCUGCUGCAAGUGCAGGCGUCGUCCAAGCAGAUCAGCCCCGAGGCGCAGUACAAAGGGAUAGUGGACUGUCUGGUGCGGAUUCCGCGAGAGCAGGGUUUCUUCAGUUAUUGGCGUGGCAAUUUGGCAAAUGUUAUCCGGUAUUUUCCAACACAAGCUCUAAACUUUGCUUUUAAAGACAAAUAUAAACAACUUUUCAUGUCCGGAGUUAAUAAAGAAAAACAGUUCUGGAGGUGGUUUUUGGCAAACCUGGCUUCUGGUGGAGCUGCUGGGGCAACAUCCUUAUGUGUAGUAUAUCCACUAGAUUUUGCCCGAACCCGAUUAGGUGCUGAUAUUGGAAAAGGUCCUGAAGAGCGACAAUUCAAGGGUUUAGGUGACUGUAUUGUGAAAAUAGCAAAGUCAGAUGGAAUUGUUGGUUUAUACCAAGGGUUUGGUGUUUCAGUUCAAGGCAUCAUUGUAUACCGAGCCUCAUAUUUUGGAGCUUAUGACACAGUUAAGGGCUUGUUACCAAAACCAAAGGAAACCCCUUUUCUUAUCUCCUUUUUCAUUGCUCAAGUUGUGACUACAUGCUCUGGAAUACUGUCUUAUCCGUUUGACACAGUUAGAAGACGCAUGAUGAUGCAGAGUGGUGAGACUGAACGGCAAUAUAAAGGAACUUUAGACUGCUUUGUAAAGAUAUACCAACACGAGGGAAUCAGUGCCUUUUUUCGAGGUGCCUUCUCAAAUAUCCUUCGUGGUACAGGGGGUGCUUUGGUGUUGGUGUUAUAUGAUAAAAUUAAAGACUUCCUUAAUAUUGAUAUUGGAAGUAGUUCAUCAGGAGAUUAAUUUGAGAAAUGCAUAUAGUUAACUUUUAAACAUACAAUUACAUAGCUGCCAUUUCUGUACAUUUUGAGAGUGUGUUAUUUUUGUCAGUAUUUUCUUAAAGUGCUAAUGCUGUGAUAAAGCAUAGGCUUUUUUCAAGGAUUUAAACACUAAAAAUCAGAUAAAUGUGGUUUCCUUCCUCCUUAGACUCAAACUAUUUUAAUGACACAUUUUACUUAUUAUAAGAGGUACAUGUUAUUCUAUUAAAUUUUUUUCUUUUGUGAUAAAAAUUAAAAUAUAUAAUCUGAAAUCUAAGAAAUGGAACAUCUUUUAAAAUGGUAUUCUUUUAAUAUAAUUGUCUCCCCAUCUUUUAAAAUCAUAUGAUAUGACAAAUAUUUCUUAAAAGCUUAUUAGGGGAUGUCAUCAUGAUAUCUGUGAUCUGGUAAGCUUUCUACAUUUGUAUUAAAGCAUUUCAGGUAUUACUAUGUAUAGUGUUUAUGGUAUCAUAUAGCUUUUGGUAAGCACAGAUUCUAGAUCUGAUCAUAAAGAAAUUGAUAAUGACUUCAAUGACACUUUAAACCUGUAGUUAGAAAGUAAAAAUAUAAAAAUGACCUAUCCGCUAACUUUUAUCUUUAAAAUAAAUAAAAUCUUGCUUAUGUGACUAUAUCUUGAAACAAAAAAUACCCCCUUGAAAAUUACUUUGUGUACUUUAUAUUGAUGAUAAUAAAGGAAGCUUAAAGUUUAUAUCU